CGCAGAGGCGCCAAUAAGAUGUCGAUAUCAGAAAGUCGAGGGCACUGCAGGGGUCCGUUUAUUUUUUAUUUUUGUUCAAACUGAGUGCCAAAAUGCAAGAUUACGACUUUUAAAACUAAAGGAAAAUAAGGAGGACUUUUACAAGAAAGUGGCGGAGAUUUUCGUAGAGAAGAAUAGGCACAUAGAUCAAUAAAGUUUGCCACAGGUGGACCCCAUGUCAGUUCUGGACACAUCUCUAGGAGAAUCGGAGCAAACGGGACGCACUGGAGUACAAUUUGGAGCGACACGGCAAAGGGUCUGAAUACCUCCCAGCUGCAUCUAUAAUACUUAGUUAUCUAAAUGAGAAUAAUCGACCCUACAGUACACAGGAUGUGUUUGGUAACUUGCAGAAGCAACAUGGCUUUGGAAAAACGGCUGUGGUAAAGGUGAUGGAAAUGCUGGCAAGUCAAGGAAAAAUAACAGAGAAGGUAUACGGCAAACAGAAAAUCUAUUUUCCAGAUCAGUCACAGUUUACAGAUGUGAGUGAUUCAGAAUUAAAAAACUUGGACAAUCAGAUCUCUGAACUAAACUCUAAAUCACAGUCUGUUCAGCAGAACUGUCGGCAACUGGAAACCGAACUGAAGGAACUAAACAGCUCCAUGACAACUGAGGAGUUGAUUUCAGAAACGGAGCAACUGAAAAAAGAAUGUAAAUCUUACCAAGAGAGGUUGCAGAAGAUCAAAUUAGCAAGUAACCAUGUCACCCCUGAAGAAAAGGAGAAGGUGUACAAAGAGAGGAUUCAUCUUGUCAAAGAAUGGAAGAAGAGAAAACGAAUGGUGACUGACAUGAUGGAUGCUAUUCUUGAGGGUUACCCAAAAAGCAAGAAGCAGUUUCUGGAAGAAGUUGGAAUAGAAACUGAUGAAGACUGUAAAGUUAAGAUGCCAGAUUUGUGAUUUUAGACAAAAGACUGAAAUCAGCAUAUCAUGAUCUUCUCGUAAUUGGUUCAUUAUUGUUUUGUAUGUUGCCACCCCCCAUUACUAUUAAGAAGCAAGGUAGGAAUGUGCAGAGAGAACAACUUUAAAGGCAAAUUAUAUUAUAUUGUAAAUGUUAAGAUUGUUGGGUGUAUAUAUGUAAUUUAUAUAGUAUGAUGUGACAAGUAGGCCGAGGUCUUAUUUUAAAGGCCAAAAUAAACAAAAGCAUUUGCCUUAGCAUUGUCUGGUUAAUAGAUUGUAAAUAAGAAUUUUUUGAAAAUUAAAUUAAUUUUGAAACUUGUCA